UUUAAAACGAUAACUUAAUCGAAAUCAAUUUACUGUAAUUACCCUUUUACCUGUUUGUUGCUUUGUCUCUGUGUUGUCAUUAUAAUGAUAGCCGUAGAGUUUUUCGUCAAUUUGCGUGUUUUGUCUAUAAAUUUAACUUAAAUAGCUGUGUUCGCCUUUUCCUAAGUGUCUAUUUAAACUUUUUCAUCUCAUUUACUAUUUAAUUAAUCAUUAUAAACAUGGCUGCCACAUUUGAAGAUGUGCUUGUAUCUUCUUUGUCAGAAGACAUGCAAAAGACUGAAAAAAUUCCGUUCCCCGUUACUCUUCAUGUUGCUGAUGAAUUCGAAAAUUUAAAUUUAGUGUUUAAACCGACUGGUACCAAUGGUCCAGAUUCUCUCCUUGAAAUAGUGUUUGAUAAAGAUACUGAUGGAGCAAAAUUAGGAAGCCAUUGUUAUGUAAUAAGCAAAGAAGUCUCUACUGUCCAUUUACAGUUUAGAAAUGUUAAUGAUCUGUCAAGGUUUAAAACAAUUAUUGAUGGAUUUCGUAAUGGCAGAAAUUCUAUGUUUUCUAUCCGUACUGAUGAUUCUUCAGCUACUCAGUAUUUUCAGUUUUAUGGAUACCUUUCACAGCAACAGAAUAUGAUGCAAGAUUAUAUUAGAACAUCAACUUAUCAACGAGCUAUUUUAGCAAAUAUUGACGAUUUCAAAGAUAAAGUUGUUCUUGAUGUAGGGGCAGGAUCUGGUAUUUUGUCUUUCUUUGCUGCUCAAGCAGGUGCUAGAAAAGUUUAUGCAGUUGAAGCUAGUUCAAUGGCAAAACACGCUGAAACUCUUGUUUAUCAUAAUAAAUUAGCUGGUCGAGUAGCUGUCAUUCCUGGAAAAAUUGAGGAAAUCACUCUUCCCGAGCAAGUAGAUGUCAUUAUUUCUGAACCAAUGGGUUACAUGCUUUUUAACGAAAGAAUGUUGGAAACUUACUUGCAUGCUAAAAAGUGGUUAGCUCCUAAUGGUAAAAUGUUUCCUUCCCGUGGUGACCUGCACAUAGCUCCCUUUAGUGAUGCUGCUUUGUAUAUGGAACAACUAAAUAAAGCUAAUUUUUGGUAUCAACAAUCAUUCCAUGGAGUAGACCUAGCUAGUUUGCGUGAUGCUGCUGUUAAGGAAUAUUUUAGACAACCAAUAGUGGAUACUUUUGAUAUCAAUAUUUGUAUGGCUAAGUCAUUUCGACAUACAGUAGACUUUCAGACUGCUCAAGAAACAGAUUUGCACAAAAUUGAAAUUCCUCUGUCUUUCACAUUAAACCAAACUGGUGAAAUUCAUGGACUAGCCUUCUGGUUCGAUGUUGCCUUUUUUGGAUCAAAUCAAACAGUUUGGCUAUCUACUGCGCCAACUCAGCCUCUCACACAUUGGUAUCAAGUACGUUGUCUUCUAGAAACACCUUUAUUUGCACAACGGGGACAAGUUGUCUCUGGUAAAGUGAUCCUUAAUUCUAAUAAAAGGCAAAGUUAUGAUGUAGACAUUGACUUAGCAAUUGAAGGUAGUAACGUCCGAGCAUUUAAUACACUUGACCUCAAAAAUCCAUUUUUCCGAUAUACUGGCCAACCUCCUCAGCCCCCUCCAGGCUGCAAUGAGACAAGUCCGAGUGAAGGCUAUUGGCAAACUCUAGAUGCCCAGCAAACAG